UUCGAUGCUGUCAUGUCAUGGCCUGGCAUCUUUGACCUUUGAUCCAAAUACAAUCGUCGCGAGGCCCCGCCAGCCGCGUUUCUGCUCUCCCUCCCCGUCUCGCCGAAUCGAACUGUUCUUCUCCGCCGUUCGGAGCUCUGGACAACAUUCCCCGUGGGCCGUGCAUGGCUAGCUGGCGGUGGACGAUAUUCAGUCCUAUAACUACUCAACAGUCUGAAGGGUCCGCGUUGGCAAGCAUGACGUGAUGACGGUCCUCUCUUCUCUCGCUUUGCUCUUCCUUGUCGCGCUCUCCUCGCUCACCUCCGCGACAUCGGACUACCACGAGAGCCUCAUCCUCCAACCACUCCCGCAAUCAUCCCUACUAGCAUCCUUCAACUUCCGAAGCAAUGAGACCCAGGAGUCCUUUGAUGAGCGACACUUCCGCUACUUUCCCCGCGCACUAGGCCAGAUCCUCCGCCACGCGAACACAAAGGAGCUCCAUCUCCGAUUCACCACGGGGAGAUGGGACGCUGAGAGCUGGGGCCCUCGCCCGUGGAAUGGAACCAAGGAGGGUAGUACUGGGGUGGAGCUGUGGGCAUGGAUUGAUGCUCCCGAUGACGAAGCGGCUUUCGCGAAAUGGAUCACCUUGACGCAGUCCCUCUCCGGGCUGUUCUGCGCGUCGCUGAAUUUCAUCGACUCGACCCGAACCACCCGACCCGUUGCCUCGUUUGAACUGAUGGGAGACCACUCGGCUUCUAGUAACCUUCACCUCCUGCACGGAACGCUUCCCGGAGAGGUGGUCUGCACGGAGAACCUGACACCGUUUUUGAAGCUCCUUCCGUGCAAGGGCAAGGCUGGUGUUGCGAGCCUUCUUGAUGGACACAAGCUGUUUGAUGCCUCUUGGCAGAGUAUGUCGGUGGACGUGAGCCCCGUUUGUCCUCAUCCGGAUGAAUGUUCCGUGCAGAUCGACCAGACAGUGGACAUCGUGCUUGAUAUCGACCGGUCGAAGCGGCCCCGGGACAACCCAAUUCCCCGACCAGUGCCUGCUGACCAGCUCGCGUGCGACACGUCCAAACCCUACCACUCCGACGAUACCUGCUAUCCGCUGGAAAGCACUGCCGAAAAGAGCUGGAGCUUGACGGAUAUCUUCGGACGGACUAUCAGCGGCGCUUGCCCCCUCGCCGACGAUCAUGCUCACGAAGACCCAGUCUGCCUACGAGUGCCGCAUGAGCGCGAAGUACAUGUCGCUCCCGGCGCAGUGGAGACCAAGAAGUCGGACGGCUUCACCCGUUGCUUCACUCUCCAGCCUUCUACACCGUUCGACCUCACCAUCCCUGAACAGGAGGCUACGACACAGGUUCCACUCGAGGAACCUGUUCUGCGCGCAGAGAGGACAAUUGUCGGCAAUGGCCAAGAGCGGGGCGGCAUGCGAAUCAUCUUCGACAACCCCUCUGACACCAACGCGGUCGAUUUCAUCUACUUCGAGACUCUCCCGUGGUUCCUCCGACCCUUUGUCCACACCUUACAGGCGACGAUUACAGGACGCGACGGGGUACGUCGACAGGUCCCCGCUUCGGAAUUCAUCAAAGAAUCCUUCUACAAGCCCGCAAUCGACCGAGAACGCGGAACCCAGCUGGAACUUGCCCUAUCAGUCCCCGCCGCUUCGACAGUGACGCUCACAUACGAUUUCGAGAAAGCCAUCCUGCGGUACACAGAGUACCCGCCAGACGCGAACCGGGGCUUCAACGUCGCCCCAGCCGUGAUCAAGAUGGGUUCCCAUGACGGCCAGAACAACCACCCGAUCUACAUCCGCACCACCAGUCUUCUCCUCCAACUCCCCACCCCGGACUUCAGCAUGCCCUACAACGUGAUCAUCCUCACCAGCACCGUGAUCGCCCUCGCAUUCGGCAGCAUCUUCAACCUCCUCGUCCGCCGCUUCGUCACUGCCGACGAAGCAUCCGCGCUCCUGGCGCAGACCGUCAAGGGCCGCCUCUCGGGCAAGAUAAUAGCCAUCCGCGACAAGAUAAAAGGAAAGUCGGCCAAGACAGAAUAGAAUCCCACCUUUUGCAUAUACAUUACAAGUACGAGACUUUUACAGAUUACAGCGAUGAAUUGAUAGACAUUCUUGAACCGAAAGGGAAACCCACCUAUUCCCCACUUCUUCUUCCCACUCAACCCAUACAUUAUCAUACCAUCAUACCAUACCAAUUUAACAAAUUCAAAUUCAAAUGCUCAUUCUCAUCAC